AUGCUACGCAGCUUUCCAGCAGCUAUAUAACACGCCGGCCGGCUGCAGACAUUGGAGAACCAAGCUUCUUCUUCAGUAAGCUCGUAGCCAGCCAGCCAGCCAUGGGGAGGGGGAACGGAGUGAUGGGGAGCAAGGCAGUGGCGCUGGCGCUGCUGCUCUGCCUGAGCAGCGCGGCGGUGGGCGCGUGGGCCAGGCCCGUCGCUAACAAGGGGAAGCACGUCGCCGACGAGAAGUUCCUGUUGCUGAAGAAGCACUUCGGCAAGGGACUUGGAGGUGGUCUUGGGAAGGGUGGUGGGCUCGGUGGAGGUGGCGGAUACGGUGGUGGAGGAGGGCUUGGUGGCGGUGGCGGCUACGGUGGUGGUGGAGGACUAGGUGGUGGCGCUGGCCAUGGUGUCGGUGGAGGUCUUGGUGGUGGGUUUGGCAAAGGAGGAGGGCUUGGCGGCGGGUUUGGCAAGGGUGGUGGACUCGGCGGGGGUAUUGGUAAAGGUGGUGGUCUUGGUGGUGGAAUAGGCCAUGGCAUUGGUGGUGGUAUCGGCAAAGGUGGCGGUCUUGGUGGUGGUAUUGGCAAAGGUGGAGGCCUUGGCGAUGGAUUUGGCAAGGGUGGUGGACUUGGUGGAGGCAUUGGUAAGGGUGGUGGACUUGGUGGUGGAAUCGGCCAUGGCAUUGGCGGUGGUUUUGGUAAAGGUGGAGGUCUUGGCGGUGGCAUCGGCAAAGGUGGAGGACUCGGUGGUGGAUUUGGUAAGGGUGGAGGUCUUGGCGGUGGUAUCGGCAAAGGUGGAGGACUCGGUGGUGGAUUUGGUAAGGGUGGAGGUCUUGGCGGCGGCAUCGGCAAAGGUGGAGGACUUGGUGGUGGAUUUGGUAAGGGUGGAGGUCUUGGCGGCGGCAUCGGCAAAGGUGGCGGUCUUGGUGGUGGAUUUGGUAAGGGCGGAGGUCUUGGCGGCGGCAUCGGCAAAGGUGGAGGUCUUGGCGGCGGCAUCGGCAACGGAGGAGGACUCGGUGGUGGUACCGGUGGCGAGUAUGGCAAUGGUGGUGGUCUCGGAGGUGGCAUCGGCCAUGGGUUCGGUGGUGGCAUCGGAAAUGGCGGUGGUCUCGGCGGUGGCUUUGGCAAAGGUGGUGGACUAGGCGGCGGCGGAGGCGGCGGAGGUGGUGGUGGUGGUGGCGGCGGCGGCGGCGGUUUUGGCGAAGGCUUUGGCAAGGGAGGCGGGUUCGGUUUCGGGAUCGGCAAAGGUGGCGGUGGCGGCAUCGGCGGCGGCCACUGAUGUUGUAGUAUGUACGUUUGGCUCAGCUCUGUUCUGCGGAGCGCCGUUGGUCAUCAUAGUAUUCUGUCGAUGUGAGCAGUACGUGUGAUGAAAGAGAUUUUCCCUUGUAGAAACUCACUACUAGCAUUUUCUUGUGUCUCGUUCUGUUCUCUGUGGGAGAGAUAUUCUCGCGCAUGUACGUUGGUGAUGGUAAUAUAUGAGUAUCUUGUAUUCCUUGGUC